UAUGAUAUUGCGGGGCGUCACACUCCCAGGGGAAGGUAAAUAGGCGGUGAUCCUGCAAACUAUCGUCCAGUCGCAGUCAGUAAUAUGCGUGUAGAUCGUCGGGGCAACAUGUGCCGCACCAUAAUUUGUCGUUAACUUCUUCCCGCGGAAGUGUAAAACGUAAUUCGAUCGAGGCGACGAGCGGCUGUUAUCACAAACACGUUGGAGGAAAGUGUUUUUAAAUCUUCAGGAGCGAGGAUCCCGUGUGUACAACUUUUCAACGUGUUAAUAAGAGACUUGGGCCCGCAGACUGUAAUAAACAACUAACCGAAAGAUCGUCCAACCGAUCAACGAUGUCCGAGUACGAUAUAAAAUUAUCACAUAGAGAGAAUCCAUUCCUAUACGUUCACACGCAGCUCACUACAACGACGAAUCCCAUCAAAAUGAACGUCAUUAAACCAAUCAUCCCCGAGUCUACGCGUAGCAUCAUAGAUCUCGUGCUGCUGAUAGCAGGCGUUAUCCUAAAUACUUUCCUUGGUCUCUUUAUCGUGUCAAAUUCUGCCAUGUACAACUCCACUAACUGCUACGUAUUCGGUCUGGUGCUUUCGAACUUCGUAAUCCUGCUCGAGCCACUUGAGCGAAUACUCGAGUGGAUUUUCGACGUACACCUAGAAAUGAAUCUCGACUAUGUGUUUCUAUUGAGCUUCGCCACGUCCAUCCUGACGAUCAUCCUGCUGAACAUCGAGGCGUACAUUGUCAUCUGUCAGAAAAAUUCACCCCUCCGCAAGUCGAUCUUAAAGACCUCGACGGCGAUAAAAGGAAUCAUAUUCAUAUGGGUAACGUGCAUUACGGUGGUAGCCAUGGAAUUGCACUUGUACGACCACUUCGAGGAAGAAGUCGCGAACGACAUUUACGUCUCGUCUACCGUUAUGUUCCUAAUAUUUCCGUGCUUCAUCUUCAUCUUGCUCGACUAUUUCAUCUUAUACGACCUGAUAGUGUCGAAGUCAUUAAGCGGAACGUGGCCAAGCAAAGGUAUCGAGCGUUUCAUUUUUCUGGUUGGCGUUAAUAUGGGAUUCCUUCUCACCAUGAUACCAUAUCGCAUUGCGAAAGCUAUCGCUCUCUUAACUCACCCUCACUACAACGACAUGGUGAUAGAGGUAACUUAUACGAUGCUUAAAGUCUACCCGAUAAUCCUGCCAAUAAUAUGUUUCGUAACAUCGAAAGACUACCACCAAAUUCUCAAGAUAAUGCUGCAUAGCGAACCGCACGAAACUUCCGCCGUAACAAUGUACGUGAUUUACUAUUCCUGAGAAGAACUUGAAAUUCGCGCGUGCGAUAAUCCAGCACAUCCGCUCUCACGAGAGAAGAAAAAGCGAUGCGCAGUCUGCACACAAAUUUUCGAAUUCGCUCAGCACUCUGUAUGCAAAUUAAAUUCCAUUUAAGCUUCUCCCUCAAAAAUCAAACCAGCAUAUGCUUCUGAACUAUGUUACUGAUAAAAUACGAAGACAUAGUGUUUCGUUUUUCACGAAUUAUAAUAGGUUUUAUCUGGAUUCUAAAUGUUUGCUGUCUAAUUGUACAUGCGAUACUAUUACAUUUUCAUGUGACAUAAAAAUUUUUCGGUAUUGUAUCAAAUUACGAAAUAUAUGUUCCACUCAAAACAA